ACGUGACGUCACUACCACGUCAUAGGAAUGGUGGACAACCGUAGCGUACGGAGCGGCAAGACCACUGUGAGAAACUUACGAGCUAAAGAGACAGUUUUUCGACACCAUUCAAGCCUUAUACUGAUGGACAAUACAAGAAGUCAUGAUGAGAGAUAUUGAUUCAAGAGAAAGGGUUCAAGAUGACACAUGGUGUGAAGGGGCACAAAAUGAGGAAGAGGAGGACGACGAAGAGGUGAGCCCUAUUAGAUCCAGUUUCUCUGUGGAGGACCUGCUUGAUGAGGUGGAGAAGAUCAGCAGUGUCGCCAGCAGCGGCAAAAAGGUGGAGAUUGUAGUGAGACUGUGGAAAAAUGGUUUCACGGUGAACGAUGAAGAUUUACGCAGUUACACUCUAGAAGAAAACCAAGAGUUCUUGGAGGCCAUUAAAAGAGGUGAGCUGCCUCUUGAGCUUGAAGGAAGCGCUGAGGAUGAAGAACUAGAAGUCAAUGUGGAGGACAUGAAAGAUGAAGUUUAUGUCCCAAAGAAAAAGACCUUUCACCCGUUUACAGGCCGAGGUUACAGACUGGGAAGCGUGGCUCCGCGAGUGGUGGCCAGGUCUCGGUCGAUACAUGAAGACUGUUCUGGUCCUCCUCUCCCAGCUGUGGAGCUGAAUGAGGACCUCCCUGUGACCUCCCUCCAGAUUUGGCUGGCAGACGGUCAGCGUCUCGUGCAGAGGUUUAACCUGUGCCAUCGGAUCAGUGAUGUGCAGCAUUUUGUGGAGCGGGCUCAGAGAAUGGAUGCUCCGUUCAUCCUGACUACAUCCCUGCCGUUCCGAGAGCUGAGAGAUGAGGGUCAGAGUUUGGAGGAAGCCGAUUUAGCAAAUGCUGUCAUCGUUCAGAGGCCUAUCGACACACAAGCUGCUUUUGGUCACUCCUGACUGUUCCUGCUUGCACCAGAGACCCAGAUUUAUUGGUCCCACACGUUUGAGAGACAUUUCAUAAAUCCUUCGCUCUUAUAGGAGUGGAUCACCUAAAAAUGAAAACUGACUCACCUUCAGGCCAUCCAAGAUGUAGAUGAGUUGUUUCUUCAUGCGAAAAGAUUUGGAGAAAUUUAGCAUCGCAUCACUUGCUCACAAAUGGAUCUUCAGAUGUCUUAUCUGAGUCAGGAGAGAAAUAUGCACACAUCAGGCACUGUUUAUAGGCUUAGACUGUUCUAAACAAAUAUGUUAGUGGAUUUUGAUGUGAGAGGGCGAAAGAGAAAAACAAUUAUUAUGGAUUUGUAUUUUGUCCAAAAACAACAGUUUAAAGUUAAAAUGCCUUAAUUAAUGAUGAUUAUUUUAUUAUUUCUUUUGCAAACAUGCAGCUUUUCACUUCAUAAGAUAUUUAUUGAUAUUGAUUGAUUGGAGUGGUGUGGACUACUUGUGAAUUACUGUGAAGUUGUUAUCAGCUGUUUGGACUCUCAUUCUGACGGCACCCAUUCACUGCUGAGGAUCCAUUGGUGAGCAAGUGAUGUAAUGCUAAAUUUCUCCAAAUCUGUGCCCAUGAAGAAACAAACUCAUCUACAUCUUUGAUGGCCUGAGGGUGAGGAUAUGUUUAAUUGUUUUUUAAACCAUAAAGGCCGGUGUUUUUCGUUUUUCUAUUUCCAUUUAAUUUUGAAAACCCUUCUUAAGACAUUAUAGAUCAGUUGACUCACUCAGUGACCCAGGUACAGCAAGUUCGCCGGAUUAAAAGAUAAACAGUGAAUAACAAUCUACAUUUCAGUCAAAAUGAGUGGCUGAUUAAAAAUGGUAAAUUAUGACAGAGAUAUCAUAUUUGGGUGAAUUAUUCUUUUAAAGUUUUAUUUUGAUUUCUUUCACAGUUGGAUGCGUUGGCCUUUUCUGAUGCAAUGCAGUAUGCACAAGCCAAGUCUUUUAACCUUCACUGCUAUACAUGUUUACACAGAUCAAUGAAGAAUUCAGAUCAUGGAAGCUGAAGCAUGAUGCUUAAUGGAGUUGUGUUCGAUCAUCUGUGCUCGUAUGUCUUACUGUGAACCGUUAAGUUAUAAAUGUCAAAUGUUUUAUGCACUUUGCCUAAGACAGAGGCUCUGUUAUAAAGACCUCUGCUUGCAAUAAACCUACUGAAGAUA